CGGAAAACACCAACUGCGAGUCCGUUGAGAGUGGUGGUGCAACGUUUCCGACGUUAAGUAUAAUGUGAAGACGACACUGUCUGUCUUAUAAGGAAAGAAUAAGGGUGAAGAAUGGAGCUAGCCCACCACGGUCUUGUUCUGCUACAGCAGCUCAAUGCUCAGCGGGAGUAUGGUUUCCUGUGUGACUGCACAGUGGCCAUCGGGGAUGUUUAUUUUAAAGCUCACAAGGCUGUUCUUGCUGCUUUUUCAAACUACUUCCGCAUGUUGUUCAUCCACCAGGACAGUGAAUGUGUACGCCUGAAGCCCUCAGAUAUACAACCAGAAAUCUUCAGCUAUCUGCUUAAUUUGAUGUACACAGGAAAGUUGACCACACAGCUGAUAGAUCCUCUUUGCCUGGAGCAGGGAGUAAAAUUCCUGCAUGCAUAUCCCCUUUUACAGGAGGCAAGUCUUCUUAUUAACCCAGAGUCCCAUUGUGUCCCUUUGACCAACUCUCUGUAUGGAAUUCAGAUCUCUGAUCAGCCAUGUGGUAUGCCCUAUACAAACACAGUAUGUAAAUACCACACCUGGUCCAAAAGUGAAACCCUGGCCAAUGACUUUUCAGAAGUUCCUGAAACAAAGGUCAACAAUGCAGAUGUUUGUAGUCUAGAGUUGCCCUCUGAGAACACUGUGAAUUCCCAACAUUUCACCUCUGGUAUUAUAAGGAGAAAUGCCUCCUUCAGGAAGCAAUACGUAUGCACUCACUGUGAUAGUCGGUUCAGCCAGAGAUAUCUACUAAAGGAGCAUCUACUCCUCCAUGCUACCCAGGCCUUUGAACAUUGUAUAUCAUCUGUGGUGGAUGGCUGCACUGUGGAACUGGAGCAUCAUGAGGGGGAAGAUGAGGCUUUGCGUAUUGAUAGCGACGACAUAAGCGAUACUGAGCAACAAAUGAAGAGGGAGAAGACCCCGCCUCCCUCGGACAUUGCUGAUAUUGACAACCUGGAAGCCCUCGAGCGUGAGGUGAAGCGACGGAAGUUCGAGUGUCCAACUUGUGGCCGCAAGUUCAUCCAGAAGAGCCACUGGCGGGAGCACAUGUACAUCCACACGGGCAAGCCAUACCACUGCAGCACCUGUGGGAAGAGCUUCUGCAGGGCUAGCCAAGCUGCGCGGCAUGUCUGCUUGAAUCAAGGUGCAGAGUCGUAUACCAUGGUGAACAAGGAGAGCAUGGUGCUCUGUGGUGGGGAGGAAAACAAUCAGGUUGAGGCACUUUUCCUGUCUUCAAGCAGACCCUAUAAAUGCAGUGUAUGUGCACUGCCUUUUGGCAGCCCUUCUGAGGUCUUCAGACAUCAGUGUCCAGCUAUAGCAACAGUGAUGGUCACGCAAGAUAACCCCUCUGAUGAACACAGAAAAAGCAGCUCAAUAACUGAAGAACCUGUUACUGACCAGUAACCAUGCCCAUUGAGGAAACUUUGCAGAAAUGGAACUGGGUACAUGAAUUUCUUGCCCCCAGAAAAAAAAAAAAAAAUUAAUUUUUAUAUUUUGCUUUCUCUCUUUAUAUCUGUUUGUGUGUGAAACCUGUUUUGCUAAAAAUCUAACAGUGCAUGAGGGAAUGUUAUUGUCUGCAAAAUAUUGAUGAGUAAACCAAACUGAAUUUUAUGAUCUCAGUUCUGGCUUUUUCAGAGAGGGUGUAUAAAGAAAUUUGUAUCCCAUUAAUUUAUUUAUUUAUCUGAAGUGGUUUUUGGAAGAAGUGUUUUCAUUAUUUUAGUACAU